AUGACUUUAACUCUCUCUCUUAAAUGUAGCGGUACUAUUAUUUCUAACAACCAGCAAGCAGAAAAGAAUCAAAAGAAUAAUAAUAAUAAUAAUAAAUAUGGUUGGUAUGAUGAUGGAUGUUUAAGUUUAGUUUGA